AAAUUUCUUCUUUAUCAAUGACAAUUAAAAUUACAGACGAUUCUGCUCCUUUGACUGAUUAUCCUGAAAGUGGUGAGCCAUCUCUUUCUGUUGGGCCUUCGUCGGGACCUUUAAGACAACAAAAAGGAGAAUUUGCUACUGAAGGUGUACAGCCUAGCUUAGCCUUGGAACUUGAUAUUAGCACCAUCGAGCAUGGGUGGUAUGGUAAUAUGAUGAACGGAUUAGGUUCAAUCUUGGGUGCCUUAGGCUCUAUACCUUGCUGUAUAUGUUUCCCCAACCCUUAUAAAGCCAUAGACCAAGGACAAGUUGGACUUGUAUGCCGCUUUGGAAAGUUUUAUAAAUGUGUUGAUCCAGGUCUUGUCAAGCUCAAUGUCUGCACAGAAAGCUUAAAGAGAGUAGACAUUAAGAUACAAGUAGCUGAUAUACCAUCACAAUAUGUCAUGACAAAAGAUAACAUCACUGUUCGUAUUGAUAGUGUUCUUUACUGGCAUAUUGUUGACCCAUAUCAAGCGUCUUUUGCUGUAAAGAAUGUACAGAAAGCAUUGAUUGAAAGAACCCAAACUACACUUCGUCAUAUUUUGGGUGGAAGGGUUCUACAAGAAUGCGUCGAAAAUCGAGAAGCAAUUGCUCAAGAAGUACAAGAUAUCACAGGCCGUGUUGCUUCUGAUUGGGGUGUCAAGAUCGAGUCCAUCUUGAUCAAAGAUUUCAAUUUCUCAAAGGAACUUCAAGAAUCUUUAUCGGCUGCUGCUCAAGCUAAACGUAAAGGUGAAUCCAAAGUGAUUUCUGCAAAGGCCGAAGUAGACUCUGCCAAACUGAUGAGAGAAGCAGCUGAUAUUCUAAAUACACCAGCAGCUAUGCAAAUUAGAUAUUUGGAUACAUUGAAUAAUAUUUCGAAGGCUCCAAAUGCGCGCGUUGUUUAUUUGCCUCCUAGUGAACAAAACGCAGUUUUGGAAGCCAACGGUAACUCUUCAUCGUUUGGCCCAAUGAAAGCACAAAAUUACCUUCAAAUAUCAGAAUAAAAUAUUUACUAAUUGUGUAUGACAUAACCUAUCCUAAAUCAGGUUCAAGUUGAAUACAUCGAACAUGAUUGGC